GCCCCACAUCUUUGGCGCUUCGUUCGAAGUGGAACCUGUGGUGACGGGUCUGGCGCGGCCCGUGGGUGGCGCGCGGGGCGCCAUGGAGCCUGGGCGCGGAGCGGGAGCUCUGCCGGGCACGGAGAAGGCGGCUGGUGCAGCUCAGGGGAAGGGCCGGGUUAAUUUCCCAUUUCCUUACACUCCUUACUCCAUCCAAGAGGAUUUCAUGGCCAACCUGUAUGAUGUUCUGGAGGCUGGCAAAGUCGGGAUCUUUGAGAGUCCUACAGGGACGGGAAAAUCCUUGAGUCUUAUCUGUGGAGCACUCUCUUGGCUCAGAGAUUUUGAAGAAAAAAAGAAGCAGGAGGAGGCCCGCCUCCUUGCAGAUGAACAUAGUGGACAAGACAAGCAGCAACAGCCUACAUCAUGCAGCGCGGAGGCCUCGAACUGCCAGGGCUCAGCAGGGGAGCUAGUUUGGAUCACUGAGUUUAUGCAGAAAAAAGAAGAGCAGGCCAUGGUGGACAGACUAAAGGAAGAACAAAUCAGGAGGAAGAAGCGAGAGGAUCGUCUUGAGAAAAUUCGCCAUAACGUGCAACUCAAAUAUGCAUCAAAAAGAAAGAGGCUUGAAGAUGAUGAGACACAGCGGCUGCUCCAGCUCAGUAAGGAGAUCUUGUCGACGGAGUUAGGGUCAGAUGUUCUAGAGCAGCUGGAUCACGAGGAGGAGGAGCUGAUCCUCGCCGAGUAUGAGAGUGAUGAGGAGAAGAAAGUGGAAUUGGGGUUGGAUGAUGAUGAUGAUGAUGAUUUGGAGGAGGAGCAUGUGACCAAGAUUUACUACUGCAGCCGCACACACUCCCAGCUGGCUCAGUUUGUGCAUGAAGUUCAGAAGAGCCCUUUUGGUGAGGAGAUACGGCUGGUGUCACUGGGGUCCAGGCAGAACCUCUGCGUGAACGAGGAGGUGCGCCAUCUGGGGGCUGUCCAGCUGAUCAAUGACCGCUGUGUGGAAAUGCAGAAGAACAAACAUGUUCCUUUCUGCCUCCUGCACUCAGGGAAGAAGAGUGAGGGAGAGGAAUCAGAGGGAAAGAAAAGGCGUGUGAGCCGGGCUGUGUGUCCAUUUUACUCCUAUGAGCAAAUGCAGUUUCUCCGGGACGAGGUUCUUGUCAAGGUGAAAGAUAUUGAGCAGCUGGUGGCCUUGGGCAAGGAGACUAAAGCCUGUCCAUAUUAUGGGAGUCGCUAUGCCAUUCCUGCUGCCCAGCUGGUGGUGUUGCCUUAUCAGAUGCUCCUGCAUGAAUCUACCAGAUGUGCUUCUGGGAUCAAACUGAAGGAUCAGGUGGUGAUUAUUGAUGAGGCCCACAAUCUGAUAGACACUAUAACCUGCAUCUACAGUGCUGAAGUCCGUGGCUCUCAGCUGUGCUGUGCCCACUCCCAGCUGCUGCAGUACAUGGAACGAUACAGGAAACGUCUGAAGGCAAAAAACCUGAUGUACAUUAAACAGAUUCUGUAUUUGCUGGAGAGGUUUGUGUCCAUACUAGGAGGAAACGUGAAUCAAAAUCCAAAUGCUCAGAGCAUUUCACAAGCAGGGACGGAACUAAAAUCCAUCAAUGACUUCCUGUUUCAGAGUCAGAUUGACAAUAUCAACCUCUUCAAGGUUCAACGGUACUGUGAGAAAAGUCUGAUCAGCAGGAAGCUUUUUGGGUUUGUGGAGAGAUAUGGAGCCACCAGUGUUGUAAAGAUUAACAAGGAAAAGCAGAAGAUGGCUGGACUGCAGAACUUCCUUCUCACCCUGCAUCAGGGGCCAGACAAAGCUGCUAUUCAGUGCCAUCCUGUGGAGGUUGAGGAUGGCCAGCCCAAGAUGGCAUCUCCUCUGAUGCAGAUUGAAGGAUUUCUCUCUGCUCUCACCAGUGCAAACCAAGAUGGGAGAGUCAUCCUCAACUGGCAAGGCACUGUAGCUAAGAGCAGCCUCAAAUUCCUCUUGCUGAAUCCAGCUGUCCAUUUUGCGAAGGUGCUGAAGGAAUGUCGUGCUGCGAUCAUCGCAGGGGGCACCAUGCAGCCGGUGUCUGAUUUCCGAGAGCAGUUGCUGUCGUGUGCCAUCGGUGCUGACAGGGUGGUGGAGUUCUCCUGUGGUCAUGUGAUUCCGCCAGACAACAUUUUACCCAUAAUCCUCUGCAGUGGUCCAUCGAACCAGCAGCUAGAAUUCACCUAUCAGAAGAGAGACCUGCCUCAUAUGAUGGAUGAGAUGGGCCGAAUCCUGGGUAACCUGUGCAAUGUGGUCCCUGGGGGUGUGGUGUGCUUCUUUCCCUCCUAUGAGUACGAGAAGCAGGUGUACACGCACUGGGAGGGGACGGGGCUGCUCACCCGCUUGGCAACUAAGAAGAAGAUAUUUCAGGAACCCAAGAAAGCAAACCAGGUGGAGCAGGUGCUGGCAGAGUACACCAAGUGCAUAAAGCGCUGCAGCCAGGUGGGCGGACAUGUGACAGGGGCCCUGCUCUUUUCCGUGGUUGGAGGGAAAAUGAGUGAAGGAAUCAAUUUCUCUGAUGACCUGGGAAGGUGUGUUGUCAUGGUGGGCAUGCCUUACCCCAACAUCAAGUCCCCAGAACUCCAGGAGAAAAUGGCCUAUCUUGACAAAACAAUGCCAAGAACUGCGGGCCAGCCACCAAGCAAAAUGCUGAUUGAAAAUCUAUGCAUGAAAGCAGUAAACCAGUCAAUAGGGCGAGCGAUUCGCCAUCAGAAGGACUUUGCUAGCAUCCUGCUGGUAGAUCACAGGUAUGCACGCCCCUCCGUCUUCAACAAAUUACCCCAGUGGAUCAAGGAAAGAACAGAGAUCAAACCUACCUUUGGACUAGCAUUUGCAGCGUUAAGGAAGGUUCCCUUUACUCAAGAUGCCAGAAGAGAGAGAGAUUCAAAAACCAGCCUGUCUGUAGAGGGAUGCAGACUUGCUACCCUCUCAGUGGCAGAAGAGACCCCUCUCCCUUCCUUGCCUCUUUCCCCUCCCAUUGACUGACACUGGGGGACAAGAGCAGCUCAGCACCCACCAUCAAAGGGCACUGGCAGCUGGUGUGGGCUGCUCUCCAUGGCUGGACUUUUCUCCACACUUGGGCUGAGCGCAGCCCUGCUCAAGGGAUUGCUCCACACGAGAGGGGAUAAAGAACUCAGCUAGAUUAGUCUGAGGGCAUUAUCUGAAAUCCCUGACACCACAGCAGUGCUGUGAUCACCCGCCUCCAACUAACAGGCUGCUCCUUCCAUCAGCCCUGUCUCCUGCUGUGCCACGGGCACUUCAUAUUAAAGAGAUAACAGUCCUGUCAGGCUUUCCCAAUGGGUUAAACGCAAGGUAUUUGAAUGGCCAAUAAUUUUUUAAGAGCCUAGCGCUCCUUUGGUAGUUCCCAAGCAUCGCACUGCAGCCACUUUCCACCUGAGGGUGAGGGAAACUGCUCCUCCUAACACCUUCCCCUCGGGACCAGAAAGAGGGACUCAGAAUAGUUCCGGCUUUUCUCCAACUCAAAUAAAACUGCCAUUUCUCCACAUGCCUGCCACAAACCCCUUCUGCAGCUCAGGCUCUGAGCAGGCCAGUGCAGGAGGGAGAGAUGUGAUACUGGAGGGAGCUUGCCCUGCACCAGAGGAGGCCACAUCAGCGCUGUCACUACCCAACCCGCCAAAUCUCCAUAGAGUCUGGAGAAACACAACCCUCAGACAUAGGUGGUGAGUUAUAUGGGCCCGUGGUGCCUGUGUUCCACCAAUAUUCAGGAACGUGGGCCCAACUCCAUCAGUGUUUGGGCUUAUAUUUUCAGAGCCAUCUCACUCAUAGGAUGGACCUGGUCAACAACCUUGGGCCCCACACUUUGGGAAGCCCUGCGCUUCUGAGAGAUGCGGGGUCCAGUGUGGCCUGGGGGACAACCAGGGGGCCUGGCGCUGGCAGCAGUGACUGACCUGGCCCUAGUCCGCCCCGCUCAGCUCUGCCUCUUCCCACCCCUGC